AUGAAGCCCGUGGCGCUCCCGGGAAGGAGUGAGAGGCGGCGUGGGGGCGCGGCUCGGGCCCCUCGGACGGCGCCCGCGCCACCCCGCACGUCCCUGCGGGUCCCUGCGGGUCCGGGCGCCGAGUCGGGGAGGCGCCGCGCCGCGCUGAAGGCGGACCUGGCCCGGCCCCGGCGCGGGACGCCCCCCCCGCGCGCCGGCCCCGCGCGCCGAGACCCCGGCCCGGGGGAGCGCAGGCCCCUCCGCGGGAAACGGAAAGGCCAGACCCCAGGGAAGGACCCCAGCCCCGAGGCCCCCCUGGUGUGCCCUGACCCCAGCAGCGCCGAGCGAAGGGCCGUCGGCUGUGGGUGCCCCAGCGGGUUCGGGGGCCGCCUGCCGGUGCCCAGGGCCGAGGUGGCGCUGCCUUACUGGGUCCCUGUGUCCCUGAGACCCCGCCAGCAGGUCUGGAAGGUGGCCGGGGCCUGCUCCUGCCCCCGCCGCCACUUCGGGGGGCGCUUCCCGGCUCCCCGGGACCAGGCGGUGCUGCCCUACUGGGUGCCGUCCGUCCUGAGGUUCCCCCGGAAGGUGCCGAGCGGGGCCGCAGGAGCCCAGGGCAGGCCAGGUGACGCCCGCCCCGACGCCUGCCUGGCCCCGAGCUGCCCGCGCCCCGCAGAUGGCCCCCCGGACGCCUGGCCCUGCUGCAACCGCUGGCGGACCCGCUGUGACCCGCGCCUCCUGCUCAAGGGGCGGAAGCUGCGGUCCCUGCAGGCCCCGGGCUGGGCCCCUCUGCUGCCCCUCAGCCUCAGCCUGCUGACCCUCCUGCAGGCCCUGCUGCGCGUCGUCCUGGCCGUGCGACAUUUCUUCUGGGUUUGACGUUGGGACCUUCGGUCCAGCAGGAGCACCACUGUCGUGGAAUGCCGGCCGACACACGGCCCCAGACCUCACGCCUCACAGCGGC